AUGGCAUUGGAAAAAGAAUUGGAAUCGCGUCAGGCUGGUAUCCAUGAAAUCGAGUCUAAGGGUUUGGCAAUGGUGCGAGCGAAGCACUUUGCCGCUCCUCAGAUAGAAAAGAUGAUCGACAGCCUUACAUCAGCGUUGUUGUCAGUCAAGGAUGCUGCCUCCGUUCGACGAGCCCGACUUCAGCACGCUGUGGACAGCCACGAGUACUACACAGAGGCGGCUGAGGCAGAACAGUGGAUAAAAGAUCAAAUGCUUGUCGCUAUUAAUCAGGAAACCGGUCGCGACCAAGCGUCGGCCGAAGGAUACCUAAGGCGGUUAACUGUGCUGGAUAAGGGAGGUGAGAACACCACAGUUUUACGAAUGUGGCUCAGUUCAAAAAAGGAGUUGGAUAGAUUACGUGCUCGCUGCGAUUCCUUACAGGACCAUCAGGAUGCAAAUCAGAUUGCUGCACGUCAGGCGAAGCUGGAGACUGCAUAUUCUGACCUAGUGAACGAAUGCAAUAGAAGGCGUACGCAGCUAGUAGAUGCAGGUCGUUAUCAUAGAUUCGUUCGUCAAGUCGAUGACCUGUCCGAUUGGCUCCAUGAAAAAGAACACCUGGCUUCUUCCGAGGAUUACGGUCGAGAUCUAGAAGAUUGCGUGCAACUUACCGAGAAGUUUGAAACUGUCGUUAGGGAGCUGGCAGCUGCCGGUGAACGCGUUGCUGGUGUCCAGCGAACACAGGAGGAGCUACUGAGAAGUGGGCAUCCAUAUGCUGCAUCAAUCCGCGCUAAAGGAACGGAUCUGCAAAGUCUCUGGACAUCCGUCAACGAGGCAGCUACUGAGCGACAGCAAGCUUUGGCUGGUGCUCGUCAAGUGCACAGAUUUGAUCAAGAAGCUGAUGAAACUCUCAACUGGCUUCAGGACAAAGAGGCGACUGGAGUUGCAAUGGAAAACGAAGACCUGGCUCAUGCCGACCUCGCCACUAUAAAGAUUCAAAUGCAGCGGCAUGAAGAGUUCGUACAUGGAAUGCGAGCUGUAGAGAAGCAGGUGGCCGAACUGUGUCGUGAAGCUGAAAGAUUGUGGACUGCAUUCCCCAAUACCCGUGAACACCUCGAAGUGCGCAAAAUGGAUAUGGAAGAACAGCUGAAGGAUAUCCUCGAAGGAACGCGAAGACACCAUGAACGACUUCAGCAAAUGGAAAGUCUGCAGUCCUACUUCCAGAUGCAAGGCCGUAAGCCGCAUAUCGAUGAAUUCACUCGUCAAGGUAAACACAUGAUCCAAGGAGGGCAUGUGUUGUCACAAGAGAUCAAUGAAAAGGUUGAGAAUCUUGAACGCUCUUGGGCUGUGCUAUUGCGAAGUUUGGAAGGACGCGUAAUGAGCUGUACAACGAAAAUCUUGAUUGCCAAAGAUGGAAACAGAAUGCUGCCCAGCUCGAGCAGUGACGACUGGCGCCACAUCGAAUCAGUUGAGAAUGCUGAAGCUAAUCUUCGUGACUUCGACGACUUCUUAGUAACCUUGGAUGCGCAGGGAGAUCGUUGUGAAAUGGUGAAACGUCUCACCCUCAUUGAACAAAGCUUUAGUCGGCUCAGAAGAAAGGAGGUUGAGCGAUCUCGUAUUGCUGAGGAGGACCAAAGGCGUCGUCGAUACAAUCAAGGUGAUUCGGUGGUGGUAGGAGGACCAUCGACGGUUGUCGCCUCAGCCGUGAAUGCGUCGCACAUUUCGGCCGGUGAUGUCGAUAUGAGGAAGACUCCAUCGUUCACCACCAGACGUGGUCACUCUGUUUCCCGGAACAGCACAAGCCGUUGGGAAGACUUGGGUGCCAUUGAUAUGAGAGGCUUCGUUGACCGAAAACAGGACCUGCAAAGUGGAAGUAAACGAGCGACGAUACGGUCAUGGAAAAAUUAUUAUACCAUCCUAUGCGGGCAGCUAAUGUGUUUCUUCAAGGACGAGUCCUCAUUCUACGAGAACAUUGCCGCCGCACCACCUGUAUACAUUUACGGUGCACGAUGUGAACCGUUCCCGGAAUACGUCAAGCGAAAGCAUGCUUUC